AUGCUCACCCCGGUGCCCUACUGCCCCCCAGAAGGCAGGACCCAAAACCAUGGCCACUCAGUCUGCAGCACAUGGGGGGACGGCCACUACAAGACCUUUGACGGUGACGUCUACCAGUUCCGUGGCCUCUGUGACUAUAACUUUGCCUCCGACUGCCGUGACUCCUACAAGGAGUUUGCCGUGCACCUGAAGCGCAGCCUGAACAACGGCAGCAGCCAGCCUGAUCUCGAGUACAUCCUGCUGACCAUCAAGGAUGACACUGUCUACCUGACGAAGCAGCUGGUCGUGGUGAACGGGGCCCUGGUCAGCACCCCGCACUAUAGCUCCGGGCUGCUCAUCCAGAAGAAUGAGGCUUACACCAAGGUCUACUCCCGUGUUGGCCUCUCACUCAUAUGGAACCGCGAGGACUCGCUCAUGCUAGAGCUGGACCUUAAGUUCCAGAACCACACAUGCGGCCUCUGUGGGGACUUCAAUGGCCUGCAGAGCUACUCAGAAUUCUUCACUGAUGGCAUCCACUUCAACCCCACCGAGUUCGGGAACAUGCAGAAGAUCAACAAUCCCGAGGUGGUGUGCCAGGACCCCGAGGAGGAGGCCGUCCCUGCCUCCUGCAGCCAGCACCGCGCCGAGUGCGAGCAGCUGCUGAGCUCUGAGGCCUUCUCGGACUGCCUGGGCCGGGUGCAGCUGGAGCAGUACGUGCAGGCCUGCGUGGAGGACCGCUGUCGCUGCGGGUCGGAUGCCCGGGCAGCCUGCGUCUGCCGCACGGUUGCCGAGUUCUCGCGCCAGUGUUCGCAAGCCGGCGGGCGGCCGCGCAGCUGGAGGAGCGCCUCGCUCUGCCCCAAGAGCUGCCCCGGGAACAUGAUCUACCUGGAGAACGGCUCUCCCUGCGUGGACACUUGCUCGCACCUCGAGAUGAGCAGCCUCUGCGAGGAACACCGUAUGGAUGGCUGCUUCUGCCCAGAAGGCACUGUGUUGGAUGACAUUGCUGGGAGUGGCUGCAUCCCUGUAAGCCAGUGCCACUGCAAGCUGCACGGACGCCUGUACUCGCCAGGCCAGCAGGUCACCACGAACUGUGAGCAGUGCACCUGCAACUCAGGCCGCUGGGUGUGCCAAGACCUGCAGUGUCCCGGGACCUGCGCCCUGGAGGGUGGCUCCCACAUCACCACGUUCGACGGGAAGAAGUUUACCUUCCACGGGGACUGCUACUACAUCCUGGCCAAGGGUGACCACAAUGACUCCUUCGCUGUGCUGGGUGAGCUGGCCUCCUGUGGCUCCACAGACAAGCAGACCUGCCUGAAGACAGUGGUGCUGCUUACAGACAGGAAUAAGAACGUGGUGACCUUCAAGUCAGAUGGGAGUGUGUUCCUGAAUGAGCUGGAGGUCAAGCUGCCCCAUGUGACUGCGACUUUCUCCAUCUUCCGGCCCUCCUCCUACCACAUCAUCGUCCACACCACCUUCGGCCUGCGGUUGCAGGUGCAGCUGUUCCCCAUCAUGCAGCUCUUCGCCACCCUGGACCGGGACGCCCAGGGGCAGGUGCAGGGCCUCUGCGGGAACUUCAAUGGCCUGGAGAGCGAUGACUUCCAGACGGCUGGCGGGCUGGUGGAGGCCACGGGCUCGUGCUUCGCCAACACCUGGAAGGCCCAGUCGAGCUGCCAGGACAAGCUGGACUGGCUGGACGACCCCUGCUCCCUCAGCGUCGAGAACGCCAACUACGCCGAGCACUGGUGCUCAUUACUGAAGAAGAGAGAGAUUCCCUUCAGCAGGUGCCACUCCGCCGUGGACCCCACCGAGUACUACAAGAGGUGCAAGUAUGAUACGUGCAACUGUCAGAACAACGAGGACUGCUUGUGUGCCGCCCUGUCCUCUUACGCCCGAGCCUGCGCUGCCAAGGGCAUCAUGCUGUGGGGCUGGCGGAAGCACAUCUGCAACAAGGACGUGGACUCUUGCCCCAGCUCCCAGAUCUUUCUCUACAACCUGACCACCUGCCAGCAGACCUGCCGUUCCCUCUCGGAGCCUGACAAGCACUGUCUUAAGGGCUUUGCACCCGUAGACGGCUGUGGCUGCCCCGACCACACCUUCCUGGAUGAGAAGGGGCGCUGCGUGCCGCAGGCCAAGUGCUCCUGCUACCACCAUGGCCUCUACCUGGAGGCGGGCGACGUGCUCCUGCAGCAGGACAAGCGAUGCAUCUGCCAGAGUGGGAGGCUGCACUGCAAGCUGAUCAAGCAGAUUGGUGACGACUGCACAGCCCCAAAGAUCUACAUGGACUGCAGCAACCUGACUGCGCUGGCCAUCCGGAAGCCCCACCCCGUCAGCUGCCAGACGCUGGCUGCAGGCUUUUACCAGACGGAUUGCGUCAGUGGCUGCGUGUGCCCCAAUGGGCUGAUCGAUGAUGGCAGAGGUGGCUGUGUGGUGGAGGAGGAGUGUCCUUGUGUCCACAACAAUGACCGGUACUCCCCUGGGCAGAAGAUCAAGGUGGACUGCAAUACCUGCACCUGCCGCAGAGGCCGCUGGGCGUGCACCCAGUCCAAGUGCCACGGCACCUGUGCCAUUUACGGCGGCGGCCACUACAUCACCUUUGAUGGGAAGUACUACAACUUUGAUGGGCACUGCUCCUACGUGGCCGUUCAGGACUAUUGUGGCCAGAACAGCUCUCUGGGUUCCUUCAGCAUUAUCACGGAGAACGUGCCCUGUGGCACCACGGGUGUGACCUGCUCCAAGGCCAUCAAGAUCUUCCUGGGGAGGACAGAGCUGAAGCUGGAAGACAAGCACCGAGCGGUGAUCCAGCGUGACGUGGGGCACCACGUGUCCUACACCACGCGGCCGGUGGGCCAGUACCUCGUGGUGGAGGCCAGCACUGGCAUCAUCGUCAUCUGGGACAAGAAGACCACCAUCUUCAUCAAGCUAGCCCCCUCCUACAAGGGCACCGUGUGCGGCCUGUGCGGGAACUUCGACCACCGCUCCAGCAACGACUUCACCACGCGGGACCACAUGGUGGUGGACAGCGAGCUGGACUUCGGGAACAGCUGGAAGGAGGCCCCCACUUGCACGGACGUGACCACGAUCCCCGAGCCCUGCAGCCUGAACCCGCACCGCCUCUCCUGGGCCGAGAAGGAGUGCAGCAUCAUCAAGAGCAGCGUCUUCCAAGUCUGCCACAGCAAGGUGGACCCCAAGCCCUUCUACGAGGCCUGCGUCCACGACUCCUGCUCCUGUAACACGGGCGGCGACUGCGAGUGCUUCUGCUCGGCCGUGGCCGCCUACGCGCAGGAGUGCACCAAGGAGGCAGCCUGCGUUUUCUGGAGGACGCCCGACCUGUGCCCCAUCUUCUGCGACUUUUACAACCCCCCGCACGAGUGUGAGUGGCACUACGAACCAUGCGGGAACCGCAGCUUCGAGACCUGCAGAACCAUCAACGGCAUCCACUCCAACAUCUCCGUGUCCUACCUGGAGGGUUGCUACCCCCAGUGCCCUAAAGACAGGCCCAUCUAUGAUGAGGAUCUGAAGAAGUGUGUCACCAGCGACAAGUGUGGCUGCUACAUCGAGGACAACCACUACCCACCUGGGGCAUCGGUGCCCACUGAAGACAUCUGCGAGUCUUGUGUGUGCAAUGCCACCUCGGAGGUCGUCUGCUGGUUUGAUGAAGGAAAGAUUGUCAACCAGACCCAGGAUGGUCCUUUCUGCCACUGGGAGAUCUGUGGUCCCAAUGGGACAAUCGUGCAACACUUCAACAUCUGCGAGUCUACCAAGCCACCCUCAACGACCUCCACCACCUCCUCUGUCCCCUCCACCACCACCUUCACCACCACCAUCACUCUGCCGACAACGACCAACAGCACAGGUUCUUCAACGACUCCGAACAUCUGCUGCUUCUGGUCGAACUGGAUCAACGAGAACCACCCAAGCUCUGGCAGUGAUGGCGGAGACCGAGAGACGUUUGAGAGUGUCUGCAGGGACCCCGUGGACAUCGAGUGCAGGUCAGCCACAGAUCCCGACCUCAGCUGGAAGGAGCUGGAGCAGAAGGUUUGGUGUAAUGUCUCUGUCGGGUUCAUUUGCUAUAAUGAAGACCAGUUUGGAAUCGGACCAUUUGGACGCUGCUACGACUAUGAGAUCCGUGUCAAAUGUUGCCUGCCAAUGGACGUUUGUCCAACCACAACAGCCACCUCUACCCCUUCAUCAACCACUCCUACCACUCUUCCAGCUUCAACCGCAACAACCUCCACUACCCCAGAGCCCACCACCACAGUGACAACCACGACCACCACGACCAUCCCCACUCCUUCACCAACGACUCCCACCACUCUGCCAACAUCAACCACAACUCCCCCAACAUCAACCACAACAACCACCCCUACCACAGAGACAACAACCACAGUGACAACCACGACCUCCACGCCCACCUCAGAAUGGACCACCACUGUCACAAUCAUCACAUCAAGCAAGGUACCUACCACAACUCCAUGCUGUAAGUGGACAGGCUGGAUAGAUUCGGGCAAACCGGACUUUAUCAAGCCGGGUGGGGGUGACUUUGAGGCAAUUGAAGGCAUCUGUGGGUCAGGCUGGGCAGAGAAUAUCUCCUGCCGAGCCGUGAUGUUUCCUGACCUCCCACUUGAGAAACUUGGACAGACGGUGGUGUGUAAUAUCUCUGUUGGGCUGGAGUGCAAGAACGAAAACCAAGAGAUAGAAGGGGUUGCCCAUACACCCUUCUGCCUCAAUUACGAGAUCAAUGUUUACUGCUGCUGGGAGGAGUGUAUUUCCACACCAACGCCCACCAUCAGCACCACCACGGAGACGACGACUCCCUCGAUCAUGACAACCACGACCUCCACGACCACCCCCACUCCUUCACCAAUGACUCCCACUACUUUACCAACAUCAACCACAACAACCACCCCUACCCCAGAGUCCACCACCAUGGUGACAACCACGACCAUCCCCACCGCUUCAUCAACCACUCCAACCACUCCCCCAACAUCAACCACAGCAAAGCCCCCUACCCCAACAUCCACCACCACAGUGACAAUCACGACUUCCACGCCCACCCCAGAAUGGCCCACCACUGUCACAAUCAUCACCGCAGAGACCACGACCCCCACCACUACCACCACCACGGAGACACCAACCUCCCCCAUCAGCACCACCACAGAGACCACCACCCUGACACCAACCAUCAGCACCCCCUCAGAAACCAAGAUCCCCACCAUCAGCACCACCACAGAGACCACAACCCCCACUGUCAGCACCAGUACAGGGACCCCAGUACCCCCUAUCAGCACCAGUGUGCCCACGACCUCUGCGACUACCACCAGUAGCACAGAGACCCCUGGAGUCUCCACCUCAUCGCUCAGCACACCCACAGUCAUCCUCACGACCAGCCACCCCAGCGAGAACGUGUGCUGCUAUCUGAAUGGCCAAUUUUUCAUCCCAGGUGAGGUGGUGUACAAUGGCACACACGGGGACCUCUGCUAUUACGCGAACUGCUCCCUGGACUGCACCAUCGAGUUCUUCAACUGGUCCUGCCCGUCCACGCCCUUGCCGUCCAGCACAUUCUCCACGUCAACACCUCCCUCCACAACACCAUCCACCCCCCUGCCGACCACCAAGCCCACUGGAUGCCCUCACUUUAAUCCUCCCCGACAGGAGAAUGAGACCUGGCACCUCUGUGAGUGCUACAUGGCCACCUGCAAACAUGACAACACGGUGGAGAUUGUGAAGGUGGAGUGCAAGCCCCCACCCAUGCCCACCUGCACCAAUGGCCUCCGGCCUGUGAAAGUGAUGGAUCCUGACGGCUGCUGUUGGCACUGGGAGUGUGACUGCUAUUGUACGGGCUGGGGGGACCCGCACUACGUCACCUUCGAUGGGCUCUACUACAGCUACCAGGGCAACUGCACGUACGUACUGGUGGAACAGAUCGCCCCCACGGUGGACAACUUCGGGGUCUACAUUGACAACUACCACUGUGACGUCAACGACAAGGUCUCCUGUCCCCGCACCAUCAUCGUGCGCCACGAGUCACAGGAGGUGCUGCUGAAGACAGUGCAGAUGGCACCCAUGAAGGUGGAGGUGCAGGUCAACAAGCUGGUAGUGGCGCUGCCCUACAAGAAGUAUGGGCUGCAGGUGUAUGAGUUGGGCAUCAACUACGUGGUGGACAUCCCCGAGCUGGGUGCUGUCAUCUCCUACAACGGCCUCUCCUUCUCCAUCAAGCUGCCCUACAGCCUGUUUGGCAACAACACCAAGGGCCAGUGUGGCACAUGCACCAACAACACUGCGGAUGACUGCGUGCGGCCCAGUGGGGAGGUCAUCUCCAGCUGCGAGAUUUCGGCCGACGACUGGGUGGUGAACGACCCCUCCAAGCCACACUGCCCCCACACUGAGGUCACCACCAAGAGCCCAACUGUCACCCCGCCAAGGAACACAACCUCCUGUGUCCCGUCCCCUCUCUGCGAGCUGCUCAAAGACAGCCUGUUCACCAAGUGCCACGCCCUGGCGCCCGUACAGCACUACUACGACGCCUGCGUGUAUGACAGCUGCUUCGUGCCGGGCGAAGGCUUGGAGUGCGCCAGCCUGCAGACCUACGCGGCCCUCUGUGCACAGGAGGGCAUCUGCGUGGACUGGCGCCCCCGCACCAACGGGGCCUGCGCGGUGACCUGCCCUUCUCACCGGGAGUACCAGGCCUGCGGGCCUGCGGAAGAGCCUACCUGCAAGUCCAGCCCCCAGCGGCAGAACGCCACGGGCCUGGUGGAAGGCUGCUUCUGUCCCAAGGGUACCACGAACUACGCCCCGGGCUUCGACGUCUGCGUGAAGUUCUGCGGUUGUGUGGGACCCGACAACGUGCCUAGAGCCUUUGGGGAGCACUUUCAGUUCGACUGCAAAGACUGUCUCUGCCUGGAGGGCGGGAGAGACAUCAUCUGCCAGCCCAAGAAGUGCAGCGUGCAGCCGGCCAUCUGGUGUCAGGAGGACGGCACCUACCCCUUCACAGAGGUCAACCCGGCUGACACCUGCUGUAACAUCACCGCCUGCAAGUGCAACACCAGCCUGUGUCUGGAGAAGCCCCCUAAGUGUGAACUGGGAUUUGAGCUGAAGAGCAAGACAGUCCCCGAGAGGUGCUGCCCCCUCUACUCAUGUGAGCCCAAGGGCGUGUGUGUUGUCAAAAAUGCUGAGUACCAGCCCGGCUCCCCAGUUUACUCCAGCAAGUGCGAGAACUGCGUCUGCACCCACACCAUGGACAACGAGACCCAGCUCCACGUCAUCUCUUGCACCCACGUGCCCUGUAAAACCGACUGCGACCCCGGCUACGAGCUCGUGGAGGACCCCGGCGAGUGUUGCAAGAAGUGUGAGCAGACCCACUGCAUCAUCCAGCAGCCGGACAGCCCGGUCCUCAUCCUGAAGCCUGGGCAAUUUAAGCACAGCCCCAGCAACAACUGCACCUUCUUCAGCUGCGCGAAAAUCCACAACCAGCUCAUCUCGUCUGUCAGCAACAUCACCUGUCCCAGCUUCGACCCCAGUGACUGCCUCCAGGGCUCCAUCACACUCAUGCCCAAUGGCUGCUGUAAGAAAUGCACCCUUCGCAAUGAGACCAGGACUUCCUGCUCCACCAUCCCAAUUAUGAGGGAGAUCACACACGCGGGCUGCACCAAGAGCGUCCACAUGAAUUACUGCUCAGGGUCCUGCGGGACCUUCGCCAUAUACUCGGCUGAGGCUCAGUCCCUGGACCACAAAUGCUCCUGCUGUAAGGAAGAGCGGACCAGCCAGCGUGAGGUGGUGCUGGACUGCCCCGACGGUGGCACACUGCGAUACAAUUACACCCACAUCGAGAGCUGCCUGUGCCAGGGCUCCACCUGUGGGCUCCCGCUCACCCAGCCCGGCGCCUUCAGCCGUGGCCGGCGCUCCAACCCCUGGCGUCCCAGGAGACCAUGA